CUCUGCGCGAGCGGGAGCGGCUGCGGGCGGUGCGUGGCGCGCGUCCUUUGGCACACGCGUCCAGCGCGCAACCUCGGUGCCAACGUCGAGACGCGCACACGCGGCGCUGGCGGCAGAGCGCCGUGGGAGGCGAAGACGGACGGACGGGCCACGCAUCCGCAUCACCGAUGAGGGAGGCGCGGCGGCGUCGCCUGCAGGAAUCCAGUUGUGAAGUCCGCGCGCGAGGCGAAAAAUGCGCUGAGGGCGAACGACGCGGCGCUCCUUCGCUCAGCAUAAAAUAAUAACGGACGGCGGCGAAACAGCUGCGGGAGGGGGAACGGGCGAGCGGCGCUGCGCGAAGUUGCGAUUUGAGAGCGGAGCCGAGUGGAGAUGAAUACCAACGACGCCAAGGAGUACCUGGCGCGGCGGGAGAUACCGCAGCUGUUCGAGAGCCUGCUGACGGGUCUGAUGUACUACCGGCCCGAUGACCCCAUCGACUACCUAGAGGGCUGCCUGAAGAAGGCCAGGGAGCUCGGCGGCACCGAGAAGGUGCGGUGGGACACGUUCGUGGGCCAGGAGAAGAAGCCGCUGCCGCCGCUCAACGGGGGGCAGUCGCGCAGGUCCCUCUUCAGAAACGUGUUGCCCGAAAGUCCCAAUUUCCCCUACAGACGCUACGACCGCCUCCCUCCCAUCAGCCAGUUCUCCAUCGAGAGCGACUCGGACCUGUCGGAGACGGCGGAGCUCAUAGAGGAGUACGAGGUCUUCGACCCGUCCAGACCUCGACCCAAAGUCAUCCUCGUCAUCGGCGGCCCUGGCAGCGGCAAGGGGACGCAGAGCCUGAAGAUGGCCGAGCGCUACGGCUUCCAGUACGUGUCCGUGGGCGAGCUGCUGCGCAAGAAGAUGAUCCACAACGCCACCAGCAACCGCAAGUGGAGCCUGAUCGCCAAGAUCAUCACCAACGGGGAGCUGGCGCCGCAGGAGACGACGAUAACUGAGAUCAAGCAGAAGAUAAUGAAGAUCCCAGACGCUAAUGGGAUCGUCAUAGACGGGUUCCCUCGCGAUGUUGGACAGGCCUUAUCCUUCGAGGAUCAGAUCUGCAGCCCGGACCUGGUGGUGUUCCUGGCCUGCACCAGCCACCGCCUGAAGGAGCGGCUGCAGAAGCGGGCCGAGCAGCAGGGCCGGCCCGACGACAACCCCAAGGCCAUCGACCGGCGCCUCACCAACUUCAAGCAGAACACCAUCCCUCUGGUCAAGUACUUCCAGGAGAGGGGCCUCAUCGUCACGCUGGACGCGGAUCGAGACGAGGAGGAGGUCUUCUGCGACAUCAGCAUGACGUUGGACAACAAGCUGUUCCCGUCCAAAGAGCCGGCAGCCGGGCCCAGCGAGCCGGACCUCAGCCUCCUGGGCGAAAGCAGCAGCCUGGCAGAAUUCACCCGCAGAGACGAGGAGGGUGAAGAGGAGCGAGAGUCUGCCUGCGCCGAAGGAGCGGCAGAGAGCUUUCAUCCCGAGCAGAGGAAACCAAAGGUCAUCUUCAUGAUGGGUGGUCCGGGUUCGGGGAAGGCGCUCCAGUGCGAGCGCAUGGAGGAGCGGUUGGGGCUGCGCCGCGUCACCGCCGCCGACCUGCUGUGCCACGAGCUGCAGUCGCACGGCGAGCGGGGGCGCCGCCUGCGGGACGUCCUGGAGAGAGGGGAGCAGCUGCCUGAGGACACCGUGCUGGAGCUGCUGUGCGACGCGGUGGCGGCGGCGCGGCGGCAGGGGCGGGGCCUGGUGGUCAGCGGCUUCCCCAGGGACGCGAGGCAGGCGGAGGCGUACGAGGCCAAGGUGGGCGACCCCGGCGCCGUCCUCCUCCUGAGCUGCUCGGCCGACACCAUGACCGCUCGCCUGCAGAACCGCGGCAGGUCCGGCGCCGGGUUCCGCCCCGACGCUGGUGCAGACGCAGACGGAGCCGCGCGCAGACGGGCCGAGAGCUUCUGCAGCAGCAGCCAUGCGGCGGCGGCGGCGGCUCACUACGAACACAAGAGGCUGCUGCACAUGAUUGAUGCCGAGAGGUCGCCGGAGGAGGUGUUCGCUCAGAUCUGCCAGGCGGUCCUGGCAGAGUCCUGCUCCACCUUCUGAGACCCCCCCCCUCAGACUCUUGGUCCCGGGAGGCUCCACCUGUGCAGACCCUCCCUCCGAGGGACCCCCCCCACCCUCACAUGCUCAUUGAACUGCAGUGGUUCGCAUGUCCCACCUGAUGUUUUGACACACUCCCACUACUCAGCGGAAGCUCCCUCUGCUUUUGACACUGAUGAAGCGCCCGGUCGUCAUAUUCUGCUUCACCCGCAUCGUCUCUCUCUUCAAUAUAUGCUGCCGACGACCCCCGAGAGCGCGGCAUCCCCCGCUGUGUCUGAGAGCGUGUUCCUAGACGAAUGUGAACCCCCCCCCACCACGCUACAAGGUGAAGUGUGCGUUCAUGCUCUCAUGCACAGCAACAUGCUUCAUAUUGUAACAAGCAUGCAAGAAUUGCAACCAAGCUUAAACUGCCGUUUGUGCAUUAAAUGGAAAAAGCAGAAAAUAAUCCGGAGUGUUGAAGAGUAUUGCAUUUGUAUGUUUCCAAGUUCAUAGUGCAGGUGCUUGUUGAGUCUGGUAUCUAACAUUCAAUAAAGCCAGUGCAUUUGGAA